AUGAGAUCUUUCCAAAUAGUCGUGGCGGCGGCGCUACUAGCUAUGCUGAAGCAUUUGGUGGACGCCGCGCCUGCCAAUGGCGUUGAUAAGCGCGCUAUAUCCUCUAUCGUCAGCGGCUCCACUAUAGGCUUUGCAUCUGGCGCUACAGGUGGCGGUAGCGCUGCUACUGUAUAUCCCACCACUAUUGCGGAACUGAAGGAAUACCUCACUUCGAGCGAGCCGCAGAAUAUUGUGAUCUCAGGCACAUUUGAUUUUGUGGGGUCUGAAGGCACAUCAACUUACUCGGCCUGCAACGUUUAUGCCUGUACACCCUCGUCAGGUGGGCAGGCGCUGCUUAACACGCUCGGGGGCUGCGGUUCCUUGUCAACCUAUAGCGUAAAACUUGAUACAGCGGCAAUAACUGGUAUCCCUGUCAAGUCGGACAAGACGCUUGUCGGUAGGGACAAUGCGGUCCUGAACGGCAAAGGGCUGCGAUUUGCUGGUGUGUCCAACAUCAUCAUCCAGAAUAUCGAGAUUACAAACCUGAAUCCGGAAUAUGUCUGGGGUGGUGAUGCUUUCGUCUUUAGUGACACCAGUAACAUAUGGAUCGAUCAUGUGACGACCUCGAGCCUCGGCAGACAACACUACAGCUUCGGCCAGAGCGCCAGUGAUGGAAUCACUAUCUCCAAUAGCUUCAUUAAUGGCAAGACAGGCCACUCCGCCUCCUGUGACGGCCACACGUACUGGGGUCUGGAGUUAGUUGGGUCUAGUGAUCAGAUCACUUUCUACAAAAACCACGUCUAUUACACCUCGGGCCGCAGCCCCGCUCUAUCCGGUAACACGCUCUUCCACGCUGUGAACAACGUGUGGUCCUCCAACUCCGGACACCUGAUUGAAGGUACCUCGAAUGGGAUGGGUGUCUACGAAGGCAACUACUUUGACGAUGCCCCGACUAUAGUGGCCUCUGGCUUCGUGGGCCGCCUAUUCGGCUCCGAAUCAGCCGACUUAUCUCAGUGUACAUCAUACCUCGGCCGCAACUGCGUCGCCAACAGCUUCUAUGACUCCGGCUCCUUUAACUACGACCACACUGACUUCCUUUAUCUUUUCGAGGGCAAGACGGAUAUUGUUUCGGCCGCCUCGGCUUCGUCAAUACAGAGAUCCGUCGUUUCAUCAGCGGGAAACACGUUGUGA